AGCAGGAACAAGAAAAUGCACCCGAUGAAUUAUAUGCAACCGCAAUAACAACAAUAACCCCGUGUGCAUGCGUGUGUGUGUGUGUAUAGCUAUUGAAAAAAAUAAUGCUGCAAAAAGUGUAAUAAAAAACAACGAUUUUCUGUAUUCCGUACAAUUUGCGGGCGUGUGUGUGUGUGCCAUUGUUUGGCAAGGUUUUUUUUUUUUUUUAAUAUAUAUUAACCUCUUCCAAGUGAUUCGGAAACAAUUUCCAAUUUCCUGUCGCCAUCGCUCUGCGGCUCGGCUUCUUCUUCUUCGAUUAACCCAUUGCUGACAGUUUGAAGUGAAUUUUCCUACGCGGCAUUUGUUAGGGUUGAUUUUCACCACGUGGUGAGCGGAUAGACACGAGAUAAUAGCAAAUCAUCACCAGAAAUCGAGUAGAUCCACAAGAGAAUAGCGACCAGCACGGGCAACAUGACGGAUGCACAGGUUUCUGGCCCGGAUUCACUCUCACUUUUCAGCUGGUCCAUCUAUGUACGAAGCAUCCACAUACAAAAUGGUGGCAGCUGCGAGGUGGUUCAGUCCAACGGAGUGACCACCAAUGGACACGGACACCACCACCAUCACCACAGCAGCGGGAGCAGCAGCAAGCAUAAAUCCUCCAGCAAGGACAAGCACCGUGAUAAGGAGAGGGAGCACAAGAGCUCCAGUUCCUCCAGCUCGUCGAAGGAGCACAAGAGCAGCAGUCGCGACAAGGAUCGACACAAAAGCAGCAGCAGUUCGUCGUCGAAGCAUCGGGACAAGGACAAGGAGCGUGACGGCAGCUCGCAUCGCAGCAGCUCAUCAUCCAGCCAUAGGGAUAAGGAUGGGAGCAGCAGCAGCAAGCACAAGUCCUCGUCGUCGUCUGGCCACCAUAAGAGCUCCUCAAAGGACAAGGAGCGACGGGAUAAGGACAAGGAUCGCAGCAGCAGUUCAUCCAGCCGGCACAAGUCAUCCUCGUCUAGUUCCCGUGACAAAGAACGCAGCAGCAGCAGUCACAAGAGCUCCUCUUCAUCCUCAUCGAAGAGCAAACAUUCCAGUUCGCGGCACAGCAGCUCAUCAUCUUCCUCGAAAGAUCCGCCAUCUUACGAUGGAGUGUUUGUUAAGCCGGAGCCUGUUUCCCAACCGCUGAUGCACUCGGGCCCGGUGGAUCCUUUCCAGAUGCAGCAGCUCGGUGGCUACGAAGCCGCAACCGCUGCCAAUUUUAAUGGCAAUGGAAACGAUGGCGGUCUCAACUAUAAGAACGGCUACGAGGAAUCGAUCGUAGACAUCAAAAAGGAGGACGAGAGUUUCAACAAUCUAUCGCAAGCCAGCUCCUGUGACUACUCCAUGUCCCAGUUUCGCGCCGAUGAGCCGCCGUUCGAGGUGAAGCACGAGCAGAGCUACGUCGAAGAGGACAGCACCAUGAACUACAAUGAUCAGGAAGAUGAGACCGAGGCGAUGGACGACGACGAGGAGGAUGUGCCGCUGGCCAUGCGCAAGCGCAAACAGGAGGCACCCGAUCGCGGUGACGGCGGCAUGGAUGACGACGACGACGACAUUCCGCUGCUGGCGCGCAAGAAGGUCAAGAAGGAGAAGAUCAAGAAGGAAUCCAAGGAAAAGUCUAAAAAGCGGGUCAAGGAGGAGCCGAGCGAUGAUUACGGCAGUGCCAAGCCGAAAAAGAAAAAAAUGAAAAAGGAGCCCGAAGUCGUCUCCCCCACCAAACGGCAGAAGACGAAGGUGAAGGAGGAGGAGGAGGAGGUGUGGCGAUGGUGGGAAGAGGAAAAGCGUGCCGAUGGCGUCAAGUGGUCAACGCUGGAGCACAAGGGACCCGUGUUCGCACCGCGGUACGAACGGGUGCCACGCAAUGUACGGUUUUACUAUGAUGGCAAGCCGUUGGAACUCUCGGAGGAAACGGAGGAGGCGGCCACCUUCUAUGCCAAGAUGCUGAACCACGACUACUGCACCAAAGAAGUGUUCAAUAACAACUUCUUCAAGGACUUCCGCAAGUCCAUGACGAACAAGGAGAAGGAGAUAAUCAAGGAUUUCCGCAAGUGCGGCUUCCAGGAGAUGUUCAACUUCUUCCAGGCGGAGUCCGAAAAACGCAAGGCCGCCACCAAGGAGGAGAAGCUGAUCAAGAAGAACGAAAACGAGGCACUCAUGAAGGAAUUCGGAUUCUGCAUGAUUGAUGGGCACAAGGAGAAGAUCGGUAACUUCCGUCUGGAGCCGCCGGGUCUGUUCCGCGGCCGUGGCGAGCAUCCCAAAAUGGGCAUGAUCAAGCGGCGCAUUCAGGCCAGCGAUGUGUCCAUCAACUGUGGCAAGGAGUCGAAGGUGCCGUCACCGCCGCCCGGAUCUCGCUGGAAGGAGGUGCGCCACGACAACACGGUCACUUGGUUGGCCUCCUGGAUCGAGAACGUGCAGGGUCAGGUCAAGUACAUCAUGUUGAAUCCAUCCUCAAAACUCAAGGGCGAAAAGGAUCACAUUAAGUACGAGACGGCGCGACGCCUGGACAAGGUCAUCGAUAAGAUUCGUGCCACCUAUCGCGACGAGUGGAAGUCCAAGGAGAUGAGGGUUCGCCAGCGAGCGGUGGCCCUCUACUUCAUCGACAAACUGGCACUGAGAGCAGGCAACGAAAAGGACGAGGAUCAGGCCGAUACCGUGGGCUGUUGCUCGCUCCGCGUGGAACAUGUCCAGCUCCACAAGGAACUGAACGGAAAGGAGAAUGUGGUGGUCUUUGAUUUCCCCGGUAAGGACUCCAUUCGGUAUUACAACGAGGUCGAGGUGGAGAAGCGCGUCUUCAAGAACCUCGAGCUGUUCAUGGAGCACAAGAAGGAUGGCGACGACCUCUUCGAUCGACUCAACACCCAGGUGCUCAAUGAGCAUCUCAAGGAGCUGAUGGAAGGACUCACGGCCAAGGUAUUCCGUACGUACAACGCUUCAAAAACACUGCAAAGCCAGCUGGAUCUGCUGACCGAUCCGAGUGCCACGGUUCCGGAAAAGCUGUUGGCCUACAAUCGCGCCAACCGUGCCGUGGCCAUCCUCUGUAACCAUCAGCGUUCCGUGCCCAAAAGCCACGAGAAGUCUAUGGAGAAUCUGAAGGAGAAGAUCAAGGCCAAGCGAGAAGCCAUCAAAAAAUGCGAGGCCGAAUAUCAUUCGAGGGACGAAAAGAAGGGCAAACAGCUAGAGCGCCUUAAGGAUCAGCUAAAGAAACUAGAGCUACAAGAGACUGAUAGAGAUGAGAAUAAGACCAUUGCCCUGGGCACCUCUAAGCUUAACUAUCUUGAUCCACGCAUAUCGGUGGCAUGGUGUAAAAAGAAUGACGUGCCGAUCGAGAAGAUAUUCAACAAAACCCAAAGAACCAAAUUUCUGUGGGCCGUGCACAUGGCCGAUGAGAAUUAUCGUUUUUAAAUGGGUUCUCCUCACAGCCACGCCUAGACACAAACACACACGUACGCACCUCCCCUCCCCCAUACAUCCACAAACAGAAACACCCACAAGGAGCACAGACAGCGCCGGUUGAAGAAGUAGAGACCGCUAAGGAGAGAAAACCACACCCACCACAAGGCCGGUUUAUAGAUUCCAGCCUAGUCCCGCCAUUCCUUGCCCCACAGUUUAUGCAAUAGGUAGUGCAUAUGUCCAGCUUUCGGGCGAGGCAUUUCGGGAGUGUUCGCCAAAAUGAGCGAGACGGGAUGCGGAUGCACUGCACCGUAGUCGGGGAUCAGCUUGUCCGCGUCUGUUUUGUCUGCUUUUAGAUCGUUUGAUUGGUUCAAGUGCGCACUACGCUAAAGUCUAACUUGCGAAAUGUACACACCCAACAUACACACACGCCAACAACACACGCUCCCACUUCUAUUUGGAUAUGCAUAUAUAUAUAUUUAUAUAUUAAGCACAAAAGAAGAUGAGAAACCUGUGCAAGACGUCGCCGCCACCUAAAAACAAAAUUUUCUGUUUCUACAAAGCAAUUUUUUUUGUCAAGAUGACUUCUCUUACACUUUAGUUUUACAUAUAAUACACGCGAAAAAAAAAACUAUAUAUAAAAGCAAAAACAAACAAGCGCAAGCAAACGAAAAAUGAUACAAUUUAACGUUUUUUUUAUGUUUACCUAUAGUUGAUUUUGUUUAGCGAAAAAUGUCUUUCACUAUUAAUUAAUAUUACGAUUACGAUUACUACGUAUUUAAGUGCUAACUGAACAGAGAAACCUUGUAGCCCAACUUUUAGCAUAGCAUAAUUUAUUCAAUUCAACUCUGAACCAGCGCAAUUUACCGCCCGCCCCGAAAAUGGAGAACAAAACCGCACGGAUGUCGAUGUGGUUUUGUUUUGUACCUUAUGAUGAUUUUAGUUAACAUUUAAAAAUAUACAAAUGCUAAAUUGA